UGGCAGCACCAAGGAGACCCCGAGGAAGAUAUAUGGAGGUUUUCCCACCACCCGAGCUCGCCAGUCGCCAUAGAACUCGCAGGAAUUCGCUCGUGGAGGUGCUCGAUGAGAUUCGGGUACCCUGGCAUCCCUGUCGCUCCAGACAAUGCCUGUCUUGCGUGACAGACGACGGAUGGCUCAGAGCGACGCUGCCGAACCGAUUUCCACUUCCACCGCCUGAUCGUAGGACCAUGAGAGAGUAGGAUCUUUUCCGGAGAGCCGAGCCAUCGUUCCGUCAAGAUGAGCGCCGGUCCCGCAGGCGUCGCCGAUCUGUUUUACUUGCUGGAGUCGAAUAAACUCGGGGAGGUCGAGGAGAUCAAGAAAGUAUUCCACGAUCAUUUCUUAUGCACAAAGGACAGUUGGCUGGUAAAUGGAUUGUUCGAUUAUUAUCUUUCUACGAACUCCCUGAGGACGGCGGAGGUGUUAGCAGGUGUACGAGAUCCGCACGAUAAACACCUAUUGGAUCGCUUGUCAGACAUUCUUUCAAAACCUGGCAAUAGUAGGCAGAGAAUACAGGCACUCACGUUGCUUGGGCAUAUAGCCAGACGUCAGCCUACCUGGUUGUACAAGCUAGCCAGUCAUGCUUUAUUCAGAGAUCUACUCAAAUUACUUAAGGUGGAGGCAGAUAUAUUACCACUUAUGAGUGCCCUUCUUCUGUUAGUAAUGUUGUUACCAAUGUUACCUGCUGCUCUAGGGCCAUAUCUACCAGAAAUAUUUGAGGUAUUCGGCCGCUUGGCCUUUUAUUAUCAUCAUCAAUCGUCCUUACUUUCUCCCUCUACCCCUUUUACUUCGACCACAGCACCAAAUGUCAUCGACAAGGACCAUUUGUACCUCAUACAUUUGCAGGUAGGAUUAUACGGCUUAUUUCAUAGACUGUACGCGAUGUAUCCUUGCAAUUUUAUAUCAUACCUGAAGCAACAGUACAUUCAGCGUGAUCAAUUGGCUACAUUUACUCAUACUAUCAGACCCAUGCUGGAUUCGGUGCGCAUGCACCCUUCUCUUGUCACAGCAUCCAAGGAUGCAGAAAUUUCAGCCACUAGGUGGAAAAAAAUGGAACAUCACGAUAUUGUGAUAGAAUGUGGCCGUUUUACGUUAGACAAAUGUCGGGAAGAAAUUUUAGGAGUAGUUAACUCUCGGUGCACUCCACCUCUAGAACAAUCUUCCAUCACUUGCGCGCCGAUAAACAUUUGCGGGGGAGUAACCACGGAGAUUAGUAACGGGGAAGACGAUCCCGAGUUCUGGUCGCCGAGCAAGACGGUGUCACCGCGCAGCCCGCCGCAAAACGCAUCUCACGAGCCACGCUCUGCCCCGCCGACGCCUAAUAACAAUAGAAGCGGUACUUCCCCGCCCGAGGCUGCUAUAGAAGCUACCCCCGAAACAACGCCUGUUAAGGAUCUACGAAAAUUAUCAACGAGACAAGCGCCUCUGGGGUCUAGCGCAGUGCGCGCUCUGAACGCGUUGGGCAACGGCACAUCGUCUCGGCCGUCGACGCCGACACCUGUAAAUUCCUCCGGAGUAAAAAGUACAGACAUUGCAGCGAAUACACAUGGAUUUCUUUCGAAUAGGCUAAGUAAAAUUAUGACAGAUAGACAAAACGUUCUACAGUCGCAGAAAUCAUUGAGUAAUAGCGAAGAAAACGGUAGGCUCUUAGAAAUGGCUAUAAGUCAAAACGGGAAGAAUGAUUCUUGGCAAGAGGAUCAAGAGGUGUUGGAGAUUGUCAGUUCGCACGGGAAUGGAGCGGUCGAAAUGCCAAAGUACGUCGAAGCGCAGUCUGAGGGGCGAAGCGAGAGAAACGCGUAUGGCGCUUUAUCGCAAAAGAUUUAUCAACUUCGACUGUACUCGCAAUGCCAUUUCCCAGUAGAAGAACCAAAUUCAAACGUAACGCACAAAAUUCGACACUCCAGAUCUUGUCCGGACAUGGAGGUGCAGAGGAAAUGUAGCGAAGACGUGACGGAUCAAGCGAAGGGACGCGAGGAUGCCAGCAGUCAAACGUGUGAUUUAUAUCCGUAUGAGCAUCUGCUCACAGGAAUGUUAGAUCAGAACAGCCAAAACUUUAGUCAAGAAAGUUCUGACUCGCGAAUGUCGCCAAUCAUCAUGCUCGAUCGGUAUAUCGAGGCUUGCACAAGAACGAAUAGCUUUUCCAGUAAAACGAAAACAAACGGCACCAGGCUGAAACAGAAAAAGAAAGGGGAGGAGGAUGCGGAGGAGGACGGGGCAGAGGACGAUGGUAUGGAUCCAACUUGCGCCAAUCAGUCACUUCAACUCAUGCAAAUGCAAUUGCAAUUCGAGCGGCAGCGACGGGAAGUCCAUGCUGAGCGUAACCGACGUCUGCUCGGUAAAUUGAGAGACUCGCGAGCUUCGGAAGAGCAUAAUCUAGCUUUGACUGAGCGUUUAAAAAUGAUCGAAAGAGAAGUGGAUGAAUUGAAAGCGCAGUUGGAGCAUAACAAGAGGGAAGCGCAUCAAGCAGACGAACAAUAUAAAGAAACUGUGCAUCAUUGGCAAACUAAAUGCAUCGAGGAGCAACGACAGAGCCAUGCGUGCAAAGAUCGCCUAGAGAAUCUAGAAUUGGAAUUGAAAAGCGAACAAAAAAAGACGGCCGAAGUGCAGCAACAACUUCGUUCUGUCGAGGCGGAACUUUUCAACGCAGGACACCAGCUUAAGACAGCAUUGAAGGCUGCGGAUCGUGGUAAAGAAUUAGAAAACGUUGUAGAGACUAUGCAGAAAAAGUUCGUGCUUUUAGGAGAGGCGCAAUUAAGAUUAGAAGAGAACACGAGUACUUUCUCACCGGCAACCAAACAAGAAACGGCGCAGAUUCAGAAGUCAUGUACAGAAGAGUUGAACAAUAUUCGGCGACAGUUGGAGUCACGAUCGUCGCACUUGGAGGCUCUGAAAGCACGCUUGAGCGAAUUGGAGAAUAAGGAGGCGCGUAAGGAGACGCAACUGAUGAAUCUGCAACGACUGCUGCAAGAGACGAAGGAGCAACACGCGUAUGAGUUGGAGGCUGUCGAAUCCAAGUAUCGGGCGCAAGUGGAGAUCAAUCUUGUACUGGAGGGCCGUAUACUCGAGCUCCACGGCAAGCUGGAGACCGCGACGUACUCCAACACUUCGCCGAUGGGUAAUCCCGCCUCCUCGGCGUCGCCUAAGGAACGAUCUCCGCCUCUCUCGACCAGCUUAGCUUCGUCCAGCGAGGGCAGCCUCGCGUUCAUCCAUCCGGGCGCCGGGAUCAUCAUGAACGAUUGCUGCGAGACCGCGACGGGCGAGAUCCCGAAUCUGCAAGCUAUGAUAGACCCCAUACCGAGUACCAGUCAAACCUCACCGUCACGCCCCGUCAUUCGACGAUCAUCGACGCCGAAACAAGAUUAACGCCACGGAAACGUUUACCGCGAUGCGAGUCUCCCGCGCACCGCCGGCGGACGGUACGCGGGAUUAUUAUUGAGGAAUUACACUUGCGAAUGCGCCGCGGUCAUUACUUACGUGUAUCGCGGUACGAAUGGAAAGAAAGUUAUUUGUAGCUUUUUAUCGAUAGAGUAGACGAGAUUCGUAAGGAAGUUGUGCUAAUCGACUGAUUGCGAUCGAAACAGGCAUGCUAUGUUUGUUAGUGUUGGUAUAUCUCCGCUCUUGGAAAAAAUGGAUUCACAAUGAAUAAAUGGUUGAGAUAUUUUGCUGACCAACU